UUCUUUCAGACCGCCGUGUUAUUUCAUUGUCAUGAGCCAAAGUCCAACUGUUGCAACAACAUGGCACCAACUUCAACGACAGAAAGCGCUGGAAAGGAUUUAUCAGGAUAAGGAUUUGAAAUUGUGAGCCCCGAAAUUAUCAAGGAUGCCUAAUAUUCACCUGUACAUGGAGUGAUUCUCUGCGGACACAGGAUGGUAAAGAGUGUAAUAGUAGCCUACGCCCUGUGGGCAGCAGGUGGGCCUUUGGGCCUUCAUCAUUUGUAUUUAGGAAGAGACAGCCAUGCUCUGUUAUGGAUGUUAACUCUGGGAGGCUUUGGAUUUGGCUGGGCCAGAGAGGUAAUACGCAUUCCUGCAUAUGUUAGUGAGGCCAAUCAAGAUCAACAUUCUGAAAAAGAGAGAAGAAAGCGUUCCACCCCGAUCCCUCCAUCCGUAAGCCCCGUCAGAUUUGCCGGGCAGGUGUGUGUUGGGAUCUACUUCGGCACAAUGGCCUUGAUAGGGCUGAACACCCUCAGUUUCUUUUACCUGCUUGUUCUGCCUUUAUGUGUGGGCGCAGGGGUGCACCUGGUGUCCACCAUCGGUCAACAGACCUCCGAUCUCCAAAAAACUUUGACUGCUUGUCUCAUAACGUCCCCAAUAUUCUAUGGCAGCACCUUAUCGCCUCUCCCUAUAAGCUUGGCUGCCAGUAUCACUGCUGCACAGAACCGUAGGUUCAAACCCCCACGAGAUCCUGGGAGCACACAGAAAUUAGGUCCUCGACUUUACAAGCUCGGCCUGGCUUGGCUGGCCUUCUCUGCUCCACUGGGUUACUGUGUUUUCCACAACACCACGGCUACCCUGUAUUAUAUAUCGGACACAAUAGCAGCACUGCUGGACAUUUUCUGGUUUCUGCCUUGGCUCAGAAGUGUGCUGGAGUACCUUCUCUUAAUGCCAUACCGGAUCUUGUGCGCGCUCACUGGAGGAGGGUACUAUGAAGAUGCGUGGAGGAAGAUGCUGGAAAUACUGCUCAGGGAGUACACCGAGAAGGAGAAAGAGGCGCUGCACGUACUGUCACUAAAUGCAGAGGCCUCUGUUGAGGAGAUAACCCGGAGCUACAGGGAGCUGGCCAAGACGUGGCAUCCCGACCACAACCCCACCAAGGAUGCUGAGGCCAUGUUCAUGAAGAUUCACGAUGCUUACGAGAUCCUCCUGCGGCGGCACAAACCCCAUCGAUUCACAUAGCUACCCUCUAUUCCCUCCUGGUUGCUUGAAUUGUUAUCACUAAUUGUUUUCCAUUUUACAUGUAAGUGCAUGCACUGCGUGGAACUCGUCUCAAUAUAUUUCCACUUGUCGAACAGCCUCUCACAACUGUCUGCUUGUUGGGUAAUAUGUUGUCGAAACAGCAGUUUGCUGCCACCUCGUGGUGCUACAGGUGUACUAUCGCCAUAAACUAUAUCAUGAUAACAACCUAA